GUUUGGGAUAUAUGGUUUUUCAUUUGUGAAAGAAAACUCAGAAAAUUUCAGAAACUACAAAGAAUUAUUCCGGGGACUUAAAACCAUGGAAGCUGACAGAAGGAGGUUCGGAGGAGUUGAAGUGAUGAAAACCGGAAACGAUCACGUCCAGCGGGCGGAGUAAGGGCCGCCAGGGGGUCUGCAUCAUAAUCACUAAAACGCUUGUUUUUGAAAAUAUGUAGAAAAAGAGAAGAAUAUGCCGGAAGUCGGAUACACGGGUAACGAUGACGACAACUGUUCAAGCACACCUGUGAUUCAUCAGAAUCAAUAAAAAGCUUUGUUUGAGGAUUCCCGGAAAUGCAAGAUGGAGAAGAAAGGGAAGCCACGGUCGUGCAUACCCGUGCCUGUCAGCCACUCCCCUGUGAAGGCCUCACCCCCUCCCAUCAUCUGUAGCGACGGGACAGUCACAACCUCACAGAAUGACAGAGACGGCUACACAGAAACUGUCAGUGUGAAGACUGCGGUACACAUGUUUGGUGGUGAGGCGAAAAUCCGAAAAUUGCCGUCGCCGUCUCCAGACAAAUCCCAAAAGUCUGCCACAGUGAAAGAGCUUCGAGCCAUUAAGGAGGGGUCGGAUUGGGUCAGCCGAGGGGGGCCAAUACUACACAACGGUGAGGAUAUUUGCAUGGAUUUCUCAACCCCCCAGGAUCAAGAUAUCAUGGAUUACCCGAUUCGUGGAACAUUCUCACCGCUUACUGACGGAGGCCAGGUUAAGUUCACGGAUGACUCCGCCACAGAGUUGUCGUUUGUUUUUGGACGGCCUGCAUCUCCUGUCAAUGAUCGGGGCGUGCAAAGGUGCAUGUCGCCACCUAGUGGUAGGAAUCAACAGAGGUGUUUAUCUCCUGAAAGUGAUCGAGGCCCCCAAAGGUGUAAAUCUCCUCCGAGCGACAGGGGUCCUCAAAGGUGCAUGUCGCCACCUAGUGGGAGGAAUCAGCAGAGGUGUUUAUCGCCGGAAAGCGAUCACGACCCCUAUAGGUGUAAAUCUCCUCCCAGAGACAGGGGCCCACAUAGGGCUAUGUCACCCCUCAGUGAUCGGGGCCCAUCCCGUUGUCGGUCGCCACCAUCUCAGGAGAGACGUGCCUUGUCCCCCUCCUCAGAUGUUACCCCAGCCAAACGUCCUAGUGGAGUCUACGAGAAUUCGUUUAUGUGUUCUACCCCGCCGUCGGGUAAAGGGGUCGGCUCUAAGUACGCCCCAGGGAUUUACGACAGAGUUGUGGUUCACCUUCCCCCCACAGGCCGGGGCGAGAGGUCAAGUCCCCGCGGAGGAGGCUACUGUCAACACUGUAGCAACUGUCUGAUCCACUUUAAGCGUCAAGCCUUCCGCCUGCUUUGCCCAGAGGGGAAUCGAGCCGGCCCUACCAUUAAGACUCCGAAAGAUUUUGAAAGAAUUGCCGAAAAACUUCAAGUGCCUGAAAACUCUCAGAGAUUUCUGAAAAGUGCCCAGUGCGAUGUUUGUAAUACAUCUGUGUCAAGCUUAAAGCGUGAAGCUGUUGCUAUGGUACAGACCAUCCAACAUGCCCAGUCCGAUGUUACCAUGGCAACCAAUAAUCCCGCCCUGGCGGGCUCCGUAAACUUCCGUCCUCAGCAACGAACUGGCCCUGCCUCAGCCAAUGCCCAUGCAAGGUAUAUGAGGCAAGGUAAACACGUAGGAUACAUGCCUUCGUCACCGGCAGGUGUGUCUGCCCAACCACAGGCCUACUAUGACCAGCCACCUAGCACCCGCACCAGUCCCAAGAAAUACAACCAGAUGAUUUCGGCUCGACCAGCUGGUGGGGACAGUCGGGUGUACACCUCCGAAAUGUACAUGAUGGAAGGAGGACUGCCCAACGGUCAUCCUGUGGUCCCAAUGCAGGGUGUCGGUCAGCACGAUAUGCAACUUCAGCAGCAGUAUGUUCAGCAACAGAUACAGAUGCAGCAACAAGCUCAGCUUCAUCAGCAGAUGCAACAUUUGCAGCCUCAGCAACACAUGGAGGUUGUGCCCCACCCCGGGGGAGUACACCCCGGGGUCAACAUGGCCAUGCAGUCACACUCACUACCCCAAGGACACUAUGCAAUGCAGAUGAGCCCCUCCCAAGGAAAGCAUUAUGUGACGCCCCCCUACAUGAACUAUACAGUGCCUCCCCCCCAACAUCAACCCCCACCCCCUCCCGCCUCCCCAUCAACACCCUCUCUCAGUAGGAUGUCGUCUCCACCCCCAGCAACAUCAGCAGCGGCAUCAUUCUUCGCCAGGGCAGCACAGAAGUUGAGUAAGAAAAAGAAGCGAUUACACCAGCCCCCAGAACCAGAACCUCCACCGUUUCCGACCAAGUUUUAUGAAAUAAUUCGGAUGACCCCACCCCCAGCCCCACCAUGUUUGUUACGGAUGGCUGGACGGCUACAGACACCUGGAGUAGGAAAGGUGAAGGUGAUGUUGAAGAUUUGCCCCUCCACUCAUUACGGAGAACAAGGAAAUUCCUUCCUAGCCAUCGACCCCCGCAAAAAACAAGUGACAGUCUACGAUCCUACUGCGGCGGGCUUUACAACUGCAGCCCAUCGGAGGACCGCCACGACAACUGCUCCAAAGAUGUUUGCCUUUGAUGCCGUCUUUUCACCUGAUGAUUCACAGACGGAGGUGUGUGCCAGUAGUUUAACGGAAAUCAUCCAGGGAGUCGUGAACGGAGCCGACGGAUGUCUGUUUACCUACGGCUACUCAAAACUCGGUAAAUCGUAUACAAUGGUAGGUCAGGACCAAUCAGCUCAUACGUUAGGGAUCAUUCCGUGUGCAAUCGCAUGGUUGUUCCGUCUCAUCAACGAACAGAAGGAGAAGACUGGGGCACGAUUCUCUGUCCGAGUGUCCGCAGUGGAAGUAACUGGAAAAGCCGAGUGCCUCAAAGAUCUUCUUUCUGACGUUGCUGCAGGUGUUGAGUCAGGGAGUGGCACUGCCCCUGGGGUUUACCUCAGGGAGGACCCGAUUUGUGGCACUCAGCUAGAAAACCAGAGCGAGCUGCGGGCCCCCACAGCAGAACGGGCCACGUACUACCUGGACGCGGCCAUCGCUGCCCGAACAAAAUUAGAUGAGGAAGAAAGUCGGUCCUCACAUCUUCUGUUUACACUGCACGUAUAUCAGUACCGGAUAGAGAAGGCCAACCAAGCAGGUCUGCCCGGGGUCGCUGGUGGACGAAGUCGUUUGCAUUUGAUUGACCUCGGAAGUUCCUCAAAAUCCAAAGAUCCUGGAAAUGUCUCGCUCAGUCUUUCAGCGCUCGGCAAUGUUAUCAUGGCCUUGCUCAAUGGUCAGCGACAUGUACCUCACAGGGACAGUAAAGUUGCCCAGCUUUUGAGGGAUUCACUGGGAAACAUUUCGUGUAGAACAUGCAUGAUCGCCCAUGUGUCAUCUGCUGUACCGCAUUAUAACGAGACUCUUCAAGUGAUACAGCUGGCUGCUAAGAUACACAGGAUGCGGAGACGAAAGACAAAGUUCUCGAGCACAAGUUCAGAUGACAGUUCGACGGACGAUGGGAGAUUGCGGAGACCAUUUCGAGGAUUUCGGAUGGGAACACUUCGUGAGGACAUUUUAUACACCUCCUCGCAUUCAGACCCAGACCAUACCUCAAGUAGUGAACAGUCGUGUGAUACUGUUAUAUAUGUGGGUGCAAAUGGACAGUCGCUUAGCGACCGGGAACUUACAGACCAUGAGGGACCACCUAGAUCAGUUCCUAGAACCAACCCUCGGUUGCCAAGGCGACCAGGAGGGUCAAGAUCAUCAGGUGACGAGGGGUCAAAUUCAGACAGUGGAAGGAGCCACCACUCGGACUUUCGCAUUAGAAAGCCAAAUAUGGGGACAAGUAUUGAAGGUGCUAAUCUGGCCCGGCUUCCUUCGCGAAUGUCAACGCCAGUCAGGGAACUAUCUGCAAGUGGCAACGAGCAUGCUCAAUCACCGCCUAUGUCUCCAAGUGUUGGAGGGGUGCAACUACCUCGAAAAGCUAAUGUUAGGACCAAGCUGGUUCAGAAACUUGAGGAUGGUUCUGGUAGUGCUAGCAAAGUGGACAAGGUAGCCUUGUCAACGCGUACGGCAGCCAUGAAUACGAAAAUGGCUGGUGGUAGUGAAGCGUCAUUUCGAUCGGAACAAUGGGUAGAUGGCCCUGGGGUAGCUAUCUAUCCCGAAACACCAAAGACGGGGGAACAGUGGGUCGAUGGACCACAGGCUUUCGUCUUAAAACAGGAACAAAACAAAAACAAACAUCUUUACAACCCUAAAAUGGAUGCUGAAGAACAAUGGGUUGAUGGCCCCCGAGAAAUGAUGCAAGAUUCCGACCAUAAGGAAGGGCGGAAGGCAUCUGGACAUGGGAGAUCUGACCGCAAGGCACACUCUCGGGAACAUUCUCGGGAACAUUCACGGGAACACUCCCUAGAACCAAAAGGAUCAUCACCAAGCCACGGUCCUAAAUCAGGGGUCAAGGCCAAACACCCGGCCAACUGCGAGAUAAAAGACCGGCCCGAUAGCAUGGCUAGUGCUGAUAGUGGUGCAUCUAUAACAGCGCAGGCUGCAGAUUCGCGACCAACUAGCAUGCACAGCUCUGGUGCAGCAAUAGACACUGAACAGUUGAAGGUUGACGAAUCUGGUCAACCAAUCAAACCGUUUGUUAGGGACUGGGUAGAAAAACAUAGUGCUUUGAAGGCUGAGGGGAAAAUGGAGGAUGUCAGUAUAGGUCUUAUUGUAGAUUCAGAAAACCAAGUUAUUGGGAAUUUGGAAACAUCUGCUUCUGGAACAUAUAAACGACCUAAACCCGAAGCACGGAAAAAGAUUCGUUCUUCAACACCAAAACAAUCUCCACAUCACUCUCCACGAAAUUCACCUGCAGUCGGUAGGAAAGGUACUAAAACUACUACCGAGUCCACGCCAAAAUUACAAAAGUCUCAGUUGCCAGGCAAUGCCAAUCCGACACAUCGUGUAACAGAAUGGCUCCGAUCUGUUUCCAUGGAGCAAGAAAUGGAGGUGGAAACACAGGGACAUUGUGCUAACAAGAAGUCGUCCGACAGGACACUCAAUACAUCCAUGGACGUGUCAUCCUGUAGUAGUCUUCAGGACACUACGAUGGAGUCGCAGGAUUUACAUAACCAGUCAGGGUGUAGUGCUGAUGGACAGCCUGAUGUAAUGGCGGAGUGCAAUAUCGCAGACAUCAGUUUCGACAGCAGUGUGGACACUACAGAAUUCAGUAACGUGCUACUGUCGAACCGGGAGUCUAUGUAUGAAAUUCAAAUGGAUGAACAAUUAGAACGAAGUGCUGAAAAAAGCACAAGUGAUGUGCCGGAUGACGAAACGUUCAGUAGUGUGUCGUGCAAUAAGGACAAUGAGUUGACCGAGGGGGAGGAGGGGGAGGAGGAGGAGGAGGCUAUGGAGGACGAACCGUUACUCCUCAGGGCGGAUGGAAUCCCUCAUUCCUCCACCAUAGAAAGUAUAAAAACUCUUCUAGCAGAGCCAAUGAUUUCAAAUGAACAACUUGUGUGUGAAAAACUGUGCAGUUUUGAAUGUACACCAUCAGACUUUAGGGAUGAGGAUAUCCCGUGUGGUAGUAUGAAUCGGCCUCUUCUUCGGAAACCAGACGGUGCGUCAAAUCCAAAUUUAAUUAAUGAACUUAAUUUUGAACGAAAAAUGGAUGGUGAUUUUGUGCGAGGGGACUAUAUCAUCAAUAAUGUUCAUUCAAUUAGUGCUAGUCAACCGAGAAUGGAUGUGGAUACCAAAUCUAUGAAAAACUCUACCUCAAAAUAUGCAAGUUUGCCGAAACACAGUGAGGCCCUUACGAAAGCUCUUGAGGGUCUAGGCAAAGAGUUUUGUGAUUCAAAGCGAUGUACAAAGUCGAAACCACCCCUUCCAUCAAAACCUUCAUCAAAGUCAUCGGUACACAGCCCAAGUCCGUCUCGCCAAAGCCCAACUAAAUCGGGUGGUUUGAAGGAGAAGGACAUCUCAACAAGUCCAAAGUCUGUUAGUUCCACAUCCAGUAAGAACUCUUCCAUUCCCAUGAGUGGCACUGGUAGAGGUCGCAGUGACAAGGACAAAUCUGCGCGACUACAGUCCGUGUCAUCGUCCUCGUCACAGCGGUCCUCCUCCUUACCAGUUACCAGUAGCCCCUCAAGUACAUCUACCAUUCGUAGUACAUCUUCUAAAUCGUCAAAGUCACAAUCGCCACUCAGUAGUCGUCUGCCAAUCUUCUCCUCGUGCAAGAACACGCGGAAGGGGAACAAGGAAAACAAGGGCAGUAAGUUAGGCAAUGGUAGGAUUUCAGAACUCAAUAGAAACUCAAGCCGAGGGACGGACUCGGACAGUGGUAACGAUAGCGGAAUCGUGACAAACGAAAAUAAACUGUUGUCACCUUACAGUACAGUGACCAAACCACGGACACCAAGUCACUCCAGUAGUGGACACGGAAGUGACAACAGCAGCACAGUCAGUGCUGAACUCCGGUCACAACUCGGCUGCAAGUCUGACAAAAUUCAUGGAGGAACAAGUAGUGGGUACGAGAGUAUGUUAAGGGAUAGUGAGGCUACAGCCUCAUCAUCGGCUCAUGAGGACAGCAACAGCGAAUCCUCUAACGAGAAAAAGAAAGGUUCCCGACGAAAAAGGCCAAGUUCACGCAGAAGUCGCUCCGUUCCUGCCAGAACAUCAGAAAGUCCAGAAAACCGAAAGCAGAGUCCAUCAGGAACGCUAAAGACAAGUCCUUCUCCGAAAGCUUGGGUAGACACGAGACAAAUACAGAAGAUCAAGGAAGAGCCGUUUGAAAUAAAACGCUACGAUGUUGUUGACGUUGAAAGGCUCGGGCGACGCAGGGCUGAAGAUGAGGGAAAAGAAUUGGAACAAAGAAAAGAAAAACUGAAGGAAAUUCUCUCAAGACAGGGUCAACUAAAGCCAGAUAGCCCCGACAUGAAAGAUCAAAUAUUGCUUGAGCAGCAGGGAUGGAAAUUUGACUGUAAAUUCUUAAUGUGUUUCUCGUGUCGAUCCAAGUCCAAGAAAACGGACGUGUAAAUGUGCGCUGUGUUGUCAGACACGAAUCGAAGAUUUGUCUUGGUGGUCACUGGACAUUGUCAACAGAGGUAUUCAGUGAGGUUUGGACGAUACGAUGCCGAGACUUUAUGAACAAACGGUUCGGAUCACAUCUUCAAAAGCCGUAUAUAAUCGCGUGAGGUUGACGGGGAGGAUUUGAUUAUAAUUGACCACAAUUUUGCAGUAUACUUAGACAUUAUAACUAUGCCAUGUUGGUUUCAACUGCUGACUUAAACAAACUAAAAAUUGCAAUAAUGUAAAAGAUGCAAAUCAAAAUUUGUGAGAUGAAUUCAUGUUAUCAUUGUAUACUAACAUCAAAAUCAUGCAAGCACAUUCAUUUCUUUAUAUUUUGCAAAAGAUUUCUUCAUUUGGAGACGAAUCAUAUCCUAACUAUGUAAAAUUUUGUAAUGAGUUUUGUAUAUUUUUUAUAUAUUUUGAAUUUGCAUAUGUCAUUUUUCUGUGGGUCAUUUGAAUAUUAAUUUGUGUUGUUUUGAGAGGUGCUUUGCCAAGAAGGAAAUGGUACCCGGACAAGGCGUUUGUGUCUUACCAAAAAACCCUCACUGCCAAACGGAAUAUUUCAUGGACGUUUUUACUUCAAAUGUGUUAUUAUGUGUGGGUGGAAUCUGCCUUAAAUUUAAACAAUUCUUUAAUGAGUAAUGUAAUGAAUUAUUUUUUACAGGAAUACCCCUGGUCUUGUAUUCAUAUUAAUUAUUGUUAUGAUUAAAAUCAGUUUCGUAUCUUUUUUUUUCAUUAUAGUGCUAAUAUUUUCAAAGGAUUCAGAGGUCAUUUAUCAGCAUUGCGUACUGUUUUUUUACACAAUUUCGAACGAGAAGAAAUGUUGAAAACUUUUUAGCAGGUACCGUCUGAUGAACGUCUACUGCCAGCUUAUGGAUGCAAUAUGCAAUCAACGACAGGUGUAAGAUGCUUAAGCUGUGCAGAAUUCUCUAUACAGUUCCAUUACUGCGAGAUUCGUGGACAUUAAUUCGGGUUUAAUAGAUACCAUAUGUUUCAUUAUACAUAGACACAGACAAAAAUUGCCGAAAAACCCACGAUAUUUGCAUUAAUAUACAGAGGGGUGUAUAGAGCGCUAAUAGCCGUCAGCUUAUAAGACAUUUGGUUUGGUGUAUAAACUACAUUAUCGUUACUACGAGGUCGAUUUUUACCAAGUGUAUAAUAUAUUGAGACCACGAAGUACCCUGUACAAUGCUUGUGUAUUAUUUAUUUGUACAUUUUCUCUCCUACAAGACCAAAUAGAAUUAUUAUGUUAAAUAGAUCAUUAAUGUCAAAAUAGACAAAAUAUAUUUGUAAUAUUUA